CAAACCGUCAGCCAUCUUGGCCGUACAUCAUGUCUGCAGCCAGGUCCGUCUUAUAUUAAAGUAUGUACUACGCUUUUUUUCCAGUGGCUGCAGAAUUACACUUAAAUGUAAAGUACGCUGACCGAUAUGAUUAAUUUAAUAUUUCAUUCUUAAUGAUUAUUGAACAAAAACUAACUAUUUUUCAAGAAAUUUAUUUCAAACCCAUUUUAGUGUAACACACGCAAGGUAAGAGGGACAUGCUGCAGUAUUUUAGGCUAUAUGUUAUAACAACACGCAUCUAGAGAUUGUUUUACUUUACGCUUUAGAUUGAAAGGGAAGUCGCACACUUAAAACUAGUCAAACAAAAUAGCAGAUCAAGCGGGCAAUAGAAAGUACAAUUAUGAAAUACUAGGAUGUUCAAAAUUUCGUUUUAAUUCUCCGAUAGACGGGAAUCCAACAUUACAUUUGCUUUUCUGUUCCGUUUCGUUCGGAGAAGGAGCUAGCGUCAUUCCAGCACAUGAAAGCGAAUGCGUUUAAACGCAAAUAAGCUUUUCGUCUUGACGGCGCUCUUGUGUGAUAUUUUGACAGUUUUGUAAUAAUUUGUCUGUUAACAGCCUUGGAUUAUCUCUUUGAUUCAAUUCUUUGUAGAGGUUCGAGCUAAAGUAGCUUAGCAACAUCUCAUCGUCCAUAACGUUAUGCCAACGUUAACCGACAGGGACUAGCUAACGCUAGGUAGCUUCUAGCAGGUUUACAUUCACUGAAGUAUUUUAUGAACUUUUAUUUCUUUUAUAAGCUAUCAAACGUAGGUCAAAGUUUGUUUACAUUAAAUACAUACAAAUGGACCUUAAUUUUUACUCGGACCUCUCGAGUGGAUGUGCUCAAAAUGCUGAUUCGGAGUUCUUGGACAACCAAGCAUAUGGUGGAUACCCCGAAGACAACAAGUUUUCAGAAGGCAGCGAAAGUUAUCUCUCCAUCAGUGGACCCGGCCAUCCUUUUUUGUCUGCUGAGGUGAUUCAGACAUUCCAUACUCCCAGCCUCGGAGAUGAGGUUUUUGAGAUUCCCCCCAUCUCCCUUGAUCCAAACCCAUCUCUGAGCAUCAGUGAUGCAGUUUCUCACUUUGAGCUAAUAGAUGGAUCAGAUGACACUGUGGGACAUUCAGACUCCCGUGGCCUUGUUAGUAACCUGGUAGUUGAGUCCAAUGACCCUUCCUUUGCUUCCACAUUUGUCAACUCUGGGUCUCAAGUCCUGGAGCAGCUCAGCCUGGGGACAAUGGACCAGGCUGGAGGGGGAGCCCUGCUUAGCUCUUCUGUUUUGGAACUGGGGAGUUCCAGUCGCUCAUGUUUCAAUAGUUCAUCCCCCAUGACAAUUGACGUCCAACUUGGUGACAUGGGUCAUGGUCUUUUGGGAAGCAGUCAACUGAGUACAAUUAAUCAGACAGAGUUAACAUUGGGCCUUGGGGGUGAAAAUAUAAGACAUCACUCUGAGGCACUUGAACAGCCGUUGUCAGCAACACCAUCUCCAGUUGGUUCCCUGCAGGAUGAGGAUAUGGAUGACUUCAAGAGGAGUGUACUGGUAGACUACCCAAUGUCUAUUUCGUCUUCAUCUGUCCUCUCCCACAUGCCCUCUCAUCCAGCUUCCCCAAUGUCUUUCUCCCCAACUACAGCCAGGAGAGGUGGGAUUAAGUCAGCCACACUUACCUCAGUGACUGCGGCAAUAGGUGCAAAAAAAGGAAAGAAGAAAAAAGAUCCAAAUGAACCACAGAAGCCUGUUUCGGCAUAUGCUCUUUUUUUUAGAGACACACAAGCAGCCAUUAAAGGUCAAAACCCUAAUGCCUCUUUUGGUGAAGUGUCAAAGAUAGUUGCAUCUAUGUGGGACAGCCUGGCUGAGGAACAGAAACAGGUGUACAAGAGAAAGACAGAAGCGGCCAAAAAGGAAUAUUUAAAAGCACUGGCAUCUUAUAAAGCCAACCAGCUCUCACAGCUUUCCACUGAAGAGAUGGGCACGGCACCGUCACCACCUCCAUCUGCAGUCAACCCAACACCUGCAGCCUUUUCCUCUUCUGGUCACCAGGCCUUCCACCCAGCUAAUAGCCUUGAAGAGAACACAAUCACCAACAUCUGUGCCUCCAACAUCAUCCUGGACGUCCCAGAGAUGACUACACGUUCUCGCACAGGAACAAACAAAACCGCACUUGUUCCAGCACAAACUAUUGCGAAGAUCAUAAUUUCAAAGCACAUGUUGCAGACAGGGGGUCAGGUGGUGACUGUCUUACCAGGAGGGGUCAACACUUUGCAGCCUACACUGGUUGUGUCAGGCACCUCUCGCCAGCCACCUCCGUUGCAGCAGAUGCAGAGUGCACCUCCUCCACCAAGACUCCAGCAAAUGGCACCAGCACCACCACCCUUACAGGCCAAGCCUCGCAAGGAAAGCACCACGGCAGGCCUUUCUAUGUCUGUCACUGCUACUCCUCCACCUCCACUGCAGAUAAAAAUUGUUCCAGGUUCUCUGCUGCGUGCAGAGGCCUUGCCAAUUAUUGUCCCAACUACAGCAGCUGGUUCAUCUACUGCAACUUUAUCUGCAGAAUCUGCACCAAUGUCUGCGCAGGUGGUGAAUGCUGACGAUGUGCCAGGCAAUCCAGAUGAGGAUGAAGUUACAGAAGUGCUACCUUCAGAGGAGGACGAAGUGAAUGAGUCCUGUGAUUUUGGAACUAGAAGUGUGUGUGCAAGGGCAGGAUGCAGCAACCCAGCCGUUGAGAGUAAAGACUGGGACAAAGAGUACUGCAGCAACGAAUGUGUGGCCACUCAUUGCAGAGACAUAUUCAAAGCAUGGUGCUCGAUUAGGAGUCAGGCUGUUGGAACAGUGAAGUAAAGACUUGAUGUUACAAGAGAGUCAGUGUGAAUAGUUAAAGGGGGUGGGUGCAGAAAUGUAAAAAGGCAUUUUCAUGCACACCUGUAAGUGUCAUAGUUCUGUUUACAUACUGUAGGACUGACAGGAACAAUCACUUGCAUUGUAACGACAAAUAGUAUGUGGAUAAUUAUGUGGCAUUUCAUUUGACUGCUCAUUUAAGCGAAGUCAAGGCAGCUGGAGAAAGUUCUAAAAGGUAUUUGCAAAUGUCUCCACAGAUAAGUCUUCUAUAAAAGGCCAGAUUAAUAACUGUUUUUCAAAGUGUUUUCUCUGACAUUUUUAUAUCAGAGUAGACUGUACAAGUUUGUGCUUACCGUCCCUUUUUUUAUGGUGAAUUUAUCUCUUGCAUUAAGGAAGAGCACCCAGAGAAAUUUAAUUACUUACUUGAAAAUGGAAAAAAUGUAUUUGUAUGACUAUAACCUCCUUAAACUGAGAGUCUAGCCUUCAUUUCUGUAAAAACACAUGAAUAAAUAAUUGUCAAUUAUUACAAAAUG